AUGAGCAACGGCGUCGGUUUUACUGUAUUCCAUGUACCAGGUACGAAGAUGGUCAAACGUCCGAUGGCCACAAGACUCGGGGGUGGACCUGUGCUCUCAAAUGUUGGCUCCUUGCAUAAUCAGGGAGAGUCUGAUGUAGGAAAUACCCCUGUUUCUUCAAGUGGCACUGGAGUUUCGUUUUCAUUCUCACAUCGUGGCCAGCGCAACAGUAAUACGACAUUUGCGGCAUUUAAUCCUCCAGGUAGCCUACAAUCUCUUGCAUCACAGACUUCGGGCGUUGUUUCGUUGCUUGGAGCGCCUUAUGCAGGAACAAGUGGAAGUAUGAACGGUCAUAGCUCUACUGGUAGUAAUUCGGGUCUCACUGGCAGUAGUAUUGGCUAUAAAUCGAAUAAAGGGGAUGAACCGCCGCGUGGUGGCGUUGGAUGGAUGAAAACUGGCCGCGUCAUUCGUGUAAAAGAUUCAGGCGAUAGUUUUCGCUUUCCAUUAGACUCGGAGCAUUUACCAACCGCUGAUUUAUCUACUGAUCAGGUUGAGACAUUUCGGAAUAGAUUGAUUCAAAUCGCUGAGACUCACGUCAAUUCGACUGCCACGUGGCUCGAUAAUCCCACACAAAGUCCGCAGUAUCGCAAUGAAAGUUGGAAAUCUCAUUUAGACAAGAAAAAUUGUAUCAUUUACCGUCAAAAAGAGACCGAAGCUAGCAAUUUGCAGCGAAAAAUUUUGAUGCGAUGCAAAAUAGACACGUCAUUGGAUGAGUUGGAGUACGCUGUGAAUUGCUGUACGACGGAAAGUCAACGUGCAUAUAUGGCUCAUUGUUAUCAGGAUAGUUUUCUUGAUGCAGCUGUGCUUCAAGUGCAUGAAAAGCCUUCGAAUGAGGAUUCUUUUCAAUUUCUUGGGAUUAAAUGGUUUGCUUUUCAAAGCUCAGUUGACUCGGUCUUCAGCUGUCGUGACACACUUGUAAUCGAACUAUUGAGGACAAUGGUGAAUACAAAAGGGCAGAAGAUAUUGGUGAAAGUCCAGCAGAGCGUCGAUGUCGCGGAUAUUAACGGGAGCGAACGCAAUUUUGGCUUUAUCCGCACAUCUGGUACGUGCGUUUGGCUUUUUCGUAGUAUGGGCCCGUCUAGUGGUAAAGUAGACGUGUCGAUGAUUGCGGAUGAACAUUUUGAUGGGAUUCGUAAUACUCCUGGCUGGCUUGCAAACCGUGCUGUAUCGACACUAUACACAGUUGCGAUUAAUCAUUCCACGGCUGCAGACGCCAAGUUUCUCGUACGUGGCCGUAUGAUUACAGACAAGGCGUGGGUACCGAAUAGCGCUCGACCAGCGUGUUCGGUUUGCUUUAAAAGUUUUAAUCUCUUGCGAUCGCGUCAUCACUGCCGCGUCUGUGCCGAGAUCAUGUGCAGUGCUUGCACCGUUGAGCUCGGUAUUCAGUCCAGUAAACUUCCGCCUGGCAUGUUACCGGAAACAGGUAGCAGCUUUAUCGUUAGUGUUGAGAAGUUUUGCCUCAAGUGUAUAAAUAAGGCUCGACAAGAGCGUCGUACUGCAGUGACAGCAGGGGUCGAUUUUACUGUGGAUGAGGCGCAUGAGGACAACGGACCGUCAAUGUUUGCGUUUCGAACCAGUGAAGUGUUUCAAGGUCACGUGUCGUCCUCUCGAAAUUCCGUGUCGGAUCGUUUGGCUGAUAAAGAAUUAAUUCCGCAGCAAAAUAACUCACUUGCAUCUUCAUCGUCGUCGACAAGCUCAUUAGGAGCCAGUAGUGUGAGUGGAGAAAAGUCGGGAAUUUCGUAUGCCGGAUGGUCGACCAAAGUACUUUCAGCUAUCAAUCGAGAGAAACCGGCAGAUGGCGUGAAAGAACAGUCACAAAUGACACUUAAAUCAGUUGGAAGCAGUAAAAAUAUAGAUGUCGGUGUGCGCACAACUUGGCAAGUAUCAAAUGACCGACGACGGCACAAUUCCGACGCCUCGGGUGGCUCCACAAGCGUCAGCUCGCUGAGUGAUGGAGGCAGUACAGAGAUUACAAGCCACAAAGAAUACAUCGCAGGGGAUGCAGAUGUGCUGUUGGAAGAACCGGACGAGGUUCAGAACAUUACGCCUCUACCGACAUCAUUUAGUAAAAUGGAGGAACAAAUUGCUGCUCAGCAAGCGUUGCUGCGCUCGAUGCUUAUUGAGGGUAAGAAGAUCAUGGAGCAGCAGCAAGCACUAAAUGGACAGGUCCAUCCUGCACAUCAGCAACGUUACAUCAAUCAAAUGUUGUCAUCACCGAGUCGAGAUGGUAAGAGUGCACUCGCCUUACCGCCGUCAUCUGCUUCUAUUGAGUACAUUGAUUAA